CUCAGCGCUUCGAUCCAAGAUGGCGGCGCUGAGCAGCAGCGGCAGCGCUGAGGGGGCAUCGCUUUUCAACGGGGACAUGGAACCCGAGCCGCCUCCGCCCGGGCCCUCCUACGCCGCGGGUAGCGGCAGCGCCGGAGGCGACUCUGCCAUCCCGGAGGAGGUGUGGAAUAUCAAACAGAUGAUUAAGUUAACCCAAGAACAUAUAGAAGCUCUACUAGACAAAUUUGGAGGAGAACACAAUCCACCCUCGAUCUAUUUGGAGGCAUACGAGGAAUACACCAGCAAGUUAGAUGCAUUACAACAGAGAGAGCAACAGUUGUUGGAAUCAAUGGGAAAUGGAACUGAUUUCUCUGUCUCCAGUUCUGCCUCAACAGAAACAGUUACUUCAUCUUCUUCUUCUAGUCUUUCUGUAGCACCUUCAUCUCUCUCUGUGUAUCAGAAUCCUAUAGAUUUAUCACGGAGUAACCCUAAAUCUCCACAGAAGCCUACUGUUAGAGUUUUCCUACCCAACAAACAGAGGACUGUGGUUCCAGCACGAUGUGGAGUAACAGUCCGGGAGAGUCUAAAGAAAGCUUUGAUGAUGCGAGGUCUUAUCCCAGAGUGCUGUGCUGUUUACCGUAUACAGGAUGGGGAAAAGAAGCCCAUUGGUUGGGACACAGACAUUUCCUGGUUGACGGGAGAAGAACUACAUGUGGAAGUCUUGGAGAAUGUGCCUCUUACGACACAUAAUUUUGUACGGAAGACAUUCUUCACUUUAGCGUUUUGCGACUUCUGUAGAAAGUUGCUUUUCCAGGGAUUCCGUUGCCAGACCUGUGGUUACAAAUUUCAUCAGCGUUGCAGUACUGAAGUGCCACUAAUGUGUGUGAAUUAUGAUCAGCUUGACUUACUUUUUGUCUCCAAAUUCUUUGAACAUCAUCCAAUACCACAAGAAGAGACCUCUGUAGGGGACACCACACCAGCAUCUGGAUUAUACCCUUCAGUGGCCCUUUCAGAUUCUUUUGGGCCACCAGUUCUCCCUAGUCCAUCUCCUUCAAAAUCCAUUCCAAUACCUCAGCCAUUCCGACCUGCAGAUGAAGACCAUCGAAAUCAGUUUGGUCAACGUGAUCGCUCGUCAUCUGCCCCCAACGUGCACAUCAAUACAAUAGAGCCGGUCAAUAUUGAUGACUUGAUUAGAGAACAAGGGUUGCGAGGAGAGGGAGGCUCAACAACAGGAUUGUCUGCCACACCACCUGCGUCUUUACCUGGAUCUCUCACUAAUGUGAAAGCAUUACAGAAAUCCCCAGGGCCUCAGAGAGAGAGGAAGUCCUCGUCAUCUUCUGAAGACCGAAAUAGAAUGAAAACCCUUGGUCGACGAGAUUCAAGUGAUGACUGGGAGAUAGCAGAUGGCCAGAUCACAGUUGGACAAAGGAUAGGCUCUGGUUCAUUUGGGACAGUCUAUAAAGGGAAAUGGCACGGUGAUGUUGCAGUGAAAAUGUUGAACGUUACAGCUCCCACCCCUCAGCAGCUACAGGCUUUUAAAAAUGAAGUAGGAGUUCUCAGGAAAACACGACAUGUGAAUAUAUUACUUUUCAUGGGUUAUUCAACAAAGCCACAACUGGCUAUAGUUACACAGUGGUGUGAAGGGUCCAGUCUUUAUCACCAUCUACACAUCAUUGAGACUAAAUUUGAAAUGAUCAAGCUGAUUGAUAUUGCACGCCAGACAGCACAAGGAAUGGAUUACUUGCAUGCCAAGUCUAUCAUCCACAGAGACCUCAAGAGUAAUAAUAUAUUUCUUCAUGAAGAUCUCACGGUAAAAAUAGGUGAUUUUGGUCUAGCAACAGUAAAGUCUCGAUGGAGUGGAUCCCACCAGUUUGAACAGUUGUCUGGAUCUAUUCUAUGGAUGGCACCUGAGGUUAUUAGGAUGCAAGAUAAAAAUCCAUAUAGCUUUCAAUCAGAUGUGUAUGCAUUUGGAAUUGUCCUUUAUGAACUGAUGACUGGGCAGUUGCCAUAUUCCAACAUCAACAAUAGGGACCAGAUUAUAUUUAUGGUAGGACGAGGUUAUCUUUCUCCGGAUCUCAGCAAAGUGCGAAGCAAUUGUCCCAAAGCCAUGAAGAGACUAAUGGCAGAAUGCUUGAAAAAAAAGAGAGAUGAAAGGCCUCUCUUCCCCCAGAUCCUUGCAUCUAUUGAGCUUCUGGCCCGGUCAUUGCCAAAAAUUCACCGCAGCGCAUCUGAACCCUCCUUAAACCGGGCUGGUUUCCAAACAGAGGAUUUUAGCUUAUAUGCGUGCACGUCUCCAAAAACACCUAUCCAGGCAGGGGGAUACGGUGGGUUUUUGGUAAACUGAAAACAAAUUGAGAAUGAUUUCUAAUUCCAUUAAGCUAUUUAAAAUCAUUGACAAAGAUGGACUGACUAAGGACUUAUCUAAUCUUGGGCUUUCAGUUUGCUCAGAUUAGCUAUCUGUUGCUGGCAACAGAGGGUCCUCAGAAUUGCCAUCCUAGACAAGCUCAUGAAUGCCUCUUCAUUAAAAAGAUUUUCAGAAACUAAUAUGUACCCGUUUGUGUUUGGGUUAUAGGUGAAAUGUUUCUUUUUUGUUUGUUUCAUUGUUGUAGUUUAAUUUGAUUCUAGAGUUUUGUGUUUGCAUUUUAAAAGUAUUUUGUCAUUAGAUAGCAACAAUUUUAAGUCAGCAAUAUUGAUGGCAAUGCAAAAAAAAGUAAGGUAAAAGAGUAUAAAAACCAGGUGCCUCUUGAUUUAUUUGGCAGAGUUGAGCAAAUAUCACAGAAUAUCAAGGCGCUGAUCAGUAGUAUGUGUUUUUUUAACUUCCUGCUCACCCAAAACAAUUUUUUGUUAAUACAGAAGUCUUUAUUUUCUUUUGACAUUUCUGUUGACUAACACUACCUUUAUCUGUGUGAAACUACCCGAGUUAUGUCCCUUUGCACUAGUUCCCUUAGGUGUGUAGAGCAUCAUGAAGCUAAUAUACUUGAAGGGGCUUUAAAAAGCAGAAAGCAAAACAGAAAUAUGUCUUGUUUUUGUCUCUACAAUUGUGUGUUGAAAUGGCUGCUAUGUAUUAAAACAAUGAUGCCCAUAAUGGGGUAAACUAGUCUUGUAAAAGCAGAGUGGUAAACUUUAAAAGUUGUUUAAAGGUGGGAUAUACAAGUUUUACCACCAGUCUCAAAAGUCAAUGGCUUUGCUGUUGUUGCUCAAUAUUUUGUAGGUUUAUGUUUCUUCUAAAAUCUCCUUUCUGUGGAGAAAAUGUUUCAUGCUUUUGUAUGGAAUUUAUCCAGCUAAAUUCAGAUCUCCAGUAAAAGCAAAUUGUAAUCCAGGGUUUCUUGGACAGAAUUCUUCCAUUUUCUCUUUUUUUUAAAAUGAUAUUUUGUGCUGGAAUAUCUAGUUCAAAAAGUAAAUCCUCAUAUGGCCAUUGUUACAUUGCCCUUAGCUUAAAUAAUAAUCUUUGUUAUUUUCAGCAUUGAACUUUUAGUCUAGAUCUGCUUUUCUCAAUUUUAUGCCCUCUUAAGAUCUCCAAGAUAAAUCUCGGAGACAGGAAAACUGAGAAAGGUUCCAGGUGGAUUGAUAUUUGAUGUACUUUAUUGUUCAUGACAAAGAAUUGGGUACCUUCCUAUAUCUCUUAGCAGCUGCCUUACUUUUUCUGUUUGGUAGAAGCAUUUGAUUUUCCAACAUAAUAUAACAAUGAUCUUGUUGAUUUCUGAGAGUUGCAAUCCUAACAAAUGUGGGGUUUGGAUAAGGCAAGCAUUGCUCUCAGAGAUUGGGAGAUAGGUAGCAUAACCUUGUGCUAAUAAAAUAGCAUUACUUUUUAAUUAUGCUUGCUAGGAGGAGGGAGAUAUUUCCAUAGUAGGCAGCCCUCUGUGGCGUAUCAAAUGGCCACUUAGACCUGGAGCCACCUGUCUUAAGAAAGGGCCCCUUUCUGACCCUUUCUUAUAUUUUGUAUGUAGUUGGUUUGAGAUAGUAGUAAAAAGUUGCUCAAGGUUUUAAAAAAACCCUCUAUAGCAGAAUAAAAUUUACAUCACUACCUGUUUGGGAUUAUUGAUGGCAUGCACUAGCAUGUUCCUUCCUUGUUGGACCUAUUUAAUUUAUAAAAGAAAGUUAAAGUGGCAAAUCAUCUCUCACAGCAGUUGCAAACCUCUAUUCUUUAGCAACAUUGAACAGUGAUAGUUCAAAAUAACAAUUGCAACUAAGCAAAGAAUAAAAGGAAAGACACUUGGUAUGUUUAUCAGAAGUUGUUGGGAGUUAGUAGCAAGAGGUCUGGUAUCUCAACAUUUUGGCUGCUUCUAAUCAUGCAACAGUCAUCCAGCUUUGCUUUUGGUUUUGUUUUGUUUUUUCUCAUGACAUUUUACAGUACAUAUAUUAAAUUUAUAUUGCCCUUCAUUUUCUUAUAUCAGCUAAGAAUUUUUUAUUGAAAUAUUGGCAGUUUUUGAUUCCAGGUCAGUUUCCCAUGUCUGUUUAGUGAACAGGACAUACCCUGUCUUACUUUCUUUUGAGCCCCGAAAUAAGCACUUGGCCUUAUUUCCAGGGAGGUCUUAAUAUUUUUGAGAUGCAG